AUUUAUUGUCACCAACCUGUGGUGGAAUUUGAAUACUGGCUCUGAUUCGCCUCCACCCUGAGUAACGCCUGCCGGGGCGGUGAAAGUGCAGCAGCGCCGCGCCACACAAUUCAUCCAACACACGCAAAUCGGCAGGCGUCCCGAGAACACCAGACUCCAGGGACAUUUCCGCUACCACGAAUACACGGGUGAUGCCCGAUCUACUUUAAAGGCUGAAGCCUGCGGGACGAAGAGCGUUUCUUACCGCCGUCGGACAGCGGGGACAGAGUGCCCCGACCCCUUCGAGGUCCCGGAAAGGGCGCGGCCCCGGGACCCAGGACAGCGAGGGGAGCCAUGUCUGGGCUCCUCACCCCCAAGACGCUUGUGCUCGUCGUCGUCGUCGUCUCGGUGCUGCUGUCGGUCUCAGCCGACUCUGUUCCAGUCACCCAACAAAACCUAGCUCCCCGGCAGGGAGUGGCCCCACAACAGAGGUUCAGCGCCACAUAUGGAUUGUGUCCGCCUGGAUACCAUAUCUCAGAAGAUGGUAGAGGUUGUAUCUCCUGCCAAAAUGGACAGGGCUAUACCACUCACUGGAAUCACCUCCUUUUCUGCUUUCGCUGUACAAAGUGUGAUUCAGGUAAAGUGGAGGUGAGAUCCUGCACCACGGUGACAGACACAGUGUGUCACUGCGAAGAAGGCACCUUCCAGGAAGAAGAUUCCCCUGAGAUAUGCCGGAAGUGCAGCCCAGGGUGCCCCAGUGGGAUGGUCCUGGUCAGUAAUUGUACGCCCUGGAGUGACAUCAAGUGUGUCCACAAAGAAUCAGGUACAAAGCCCAAUGGAGGCACCCCAGCUGCAGAGGAGACAGUGACCUCUAGCAUGGGGACUCCUGCCUCUCCCUGUUCCCUCUCAGGCAUCAUCAUAGGGAUUACAGUUCCAGCCAUAUUCCUGGUUGUGGCUGCGCUUAUUUGGAAGACUUCACUGUGGAAGAAAGUCCUUCCUUACCUGAAAGGCAUCGGCUCAGGUCGUGGCCGGAACCUUGAGCAUGUAGACAGAAGCUCACAUGCCCGAGGAGGGCCUGGGACUGAGGACAAUGUCCGCAACGAAUCCAUGAGUAUCUUGCAGCCCAUCCAGGACCCUGAGCAGGAAAUGGAAGUCCAGGAGCCAGCGGUGGCAGGUGACAACAUGUUGCCUCCAGGGGAGCCAGAGCAUCUGCUGGAACCAGCAGAAGCUGGAGGGUCUCAGAGGAGGCAGCUGCUGGUUCCAGCGAAUGGCGCUGACCCCACUGAGACUCUGAGGCAGUGCUUCCACCACUUUACAGACAACGUGCCCUUUAACUCCUGGGUGCCGUUCAUGAGGGAGCUGGGCCUUGCGGGCAAUGAGAUCGACAUUGCGAGAGCUGAGGCCGCGGGCCCUGGGGACAUCUUGUACGAGAUGCUAAGAAAGUGGGUCAACAAAACGGGGCGGGACGCCUCUGUCAACACCCUGCUGGAUGCCUUGGAGGCGCGGGGACAGAGACUUGCAAAGCAGAAGAUCCAGGAUUGCCUGGUGAGCUCUGGAAAGUUCGUGUAUCUAGAAGAUGAUACAGACUCUGCCAUCUCCUGAAUGUGAAUCCCUUCAGGAAGUCAGACCUUCUAGAAACAGGUUUGCCUUUGUUUCUGGAAAAAGCUGGACUCCAGACAGUGGGAAAGGACAAACUGUCACAUGACCGGUACUGGAAGAAACUCUCCCAUCCAAUAUCACCCAUGGAUGGAACAUCCUAGAACUUUUUCACUGCACUUGAAAUUCUUUUUAUAAGCUGAAUGUGAUGAUAAGCACACUAUGGAAAUGUGUGGAUGAUUCUGUGUGUGUGUAUUGAGAGUUGGUUUGGGAUGUCGUUCUCUGUGGCACUUUUUUAUCCUAAUGCAAAUGCUUUAUUACAUGGGUUACAUCAUAUAAUCCAUCUGCCUUAGCAUCUACGCAGUUCUUUAUGUUCAACUUUACUUGAUACUGUAUGAUAUGAACUUUUUUCUGGGGACGGUCUCACUGUCUCCCAGGCUGGAGUGCAGUGGCGGGAUCUUGGCUCACCAGAGCCUUGACCCCACAGGCUCAAGCGAUUCUCCCACCUCAGCUGUCCAAAUAGCUGGGACCACAGGCGUGCACCACCACGCCCAGCUAAUUUUUUGUAUUUUUUCUAGAUAUGGGGUCUCUCUGUGUUGCCUAAGGGGGUCUCAAACUCCUGGACUCAAGCAAUCCGCCCACCUCAGACUCCCAAAGUGCUUUGAUUAUAGGUGUGAGCCCCUGCACCUGGCCUUACCUUUCUACUUUUAUAAUUCUGUAUGUGAUUAUUUUGUGAACAUGAAGAAACUUUAGUAAAUGUACUUGUUUACAUAGUUA